CAAGCGCUUCAGAUAGAGUUAGGACUUUCCCAACUUAAAAAUGGAAACCUAUUUUCCAUCAUCAUCCUCUGUGAAAGCUUGAGAAAAUAACAACUAAUCUACUUUGAUGGAAAUGAGUCAGAAAAUGAGUGAUGAUGAAUUAGUAAUCGUUGCCGGCGCCGGCCCAUCCGGCAUAGCCACCUCUGCAUGCUUAAACCUCUUAUCAAUCCCCAACAUAGUCCUUGAAAGAGAAGAUUGUUGUGCUCCUCUAUGGCAGAAGAAAUCCUAUGAUCGUCUUCAUCUUCACUUACCAAAGCAAUCCUGUGAGCUUCCUCACAUGCCAUUCCCUUCUGUUUACCCCAAAUAUGUACCAAAGCAACAAUUCAUCGAAUACUUGGAGGAUUAUGUGAAUCAUUUCAAGGUGAAUAUCAAGUAUAACAGAUCAAUCAUGUCUGCAACAUAUGAUGAGCUAACCAAGACAUGGUGUGUCAAGGCAAUGAACACAACUUUAUAUGAGAUGGAAGAAUACAAGACUAGAUUUUUAAUCAUCGCAACAGGGGAAACUUGUGACCCGUUUAUCCCUGAAAUUGAAGGCUUAGAUAGCUUCAAAGGGGAGGUUUUGCACUCUACCCAGUACAAAUCUGGAGAUAAGUACCGGAAUAAGAGUGUUUUGGUCGUCGGUUGUGGUAAUUCCGGGAUGGAAAUCGCUUUCGAUUUAUCAGAUUUUGGAGCAAAGACAUCUAUUGUGGUUCGAAAUCCGGUUCACAUUCUCUCCAAGGAGAUACUACAAGUUGGGUUGUUUUUGUUCAAGUUUCUUCCAUUUAAGUUGAGGGAAUUCAUUGUUGUGAUGCUCUGCAAGUUGUGGUUUGGUGACAUGACUAAGUAUGGGAUUACCAGGCCAGUUGAAGGGCCAUUUACUAGGAAAAUGAAGUAUGGCAAGUUUCCAGUCAUUGAUGUUGGGACUGCUAAGAAGAUUAAGUCUGGCGAAAUUCAGGUUUUACCAGGAAUAACAACCAUAAAAGCUAAGGAGGUGACCUUCAAGAAUGGGUAUUCGUAUCCUUUUGAUGCAAUUGUGUUUGCUACAGGCUUUCAGAGAUCAACAAACAAGUGGCUCAAGGAUGAUGGCUACCUCCUUGAUGAUGAUGGAUUUUCAAAACAAAGUUUUCCAAACCACUGGAAGGGAAGGAAUGGUCUCUAUUGUGCAGGGUUAGCAAGGAGAGGAUUGUAUGGAUCUGGCAUGGAUGCCCAAAAUAUUGCUAAUCAUAUCAAAACACUCUUAUGAAGGCUAGUCUCUGGUAAUUAAAUUUACUGAAACUGGUGGUUGUGCCACAAUAAUUGUGAAAGUAGACUUGUUUAAGGUAGAUAAGCUGUAAUGUUUGAUAUGCAUUCUAGGUCGAUAAUCCAUUCUUAGAAAUCAUAUAUACCAAAUGUAGCCUUAGUUUUCCACCCAUAAUCUUAAACAUUUAGAUUCAAUAUUUAUUUAAUGUAUAUUUGUCAUUUCAUUUUCUCAA